CCGUCUAUAUGGAGAAUCGUUGCGAAAGCUGAGUGCGCGAGGUAUCACGACUCCUCUGCUCUGCUGCGAGCUGCUUCUCCAAGUCCAAGUGCCAUAACGUGUGCGUGCCCCGACUGGCUGAUCCACAGCUAGCUACAACGAGUUUACAAUAAUAAGUAACAGUCGUUACUCAUCUAUUCGCUGCGACGCAGAGACGAGGUUCAUCGUGUCACGCGAUUUAACCAUUGACACAUCUGUCUAAGCCCCCCUCGAGCUGCCCCCGUGAGUCUCGAGUUUACUGGAGUACUGCACGCAGCACAACACAAGAGCCUACGAGCAAGAUCGUCGACUGUUGAGCAUCAAGCCGGCGACUCGCCCUCUCUUUUUCUCGCAUUUUGAGAAAUCUCAUCGAUCAUGGAGGCCCUCAUACCGGUCAUCAACAAGCUUCAGGAUGUCUUCAACGCCGUCGGUGCUGAUGCUAUUCAACUGCCUCAAAUCGUCGUACUUGGCACGCAGAGCUCUGGCAAAUCAUCUGUUAUUGAAAGUCUUGUGGGACGAACAUUUUUACCCAGAGGCACUGGUAUUGUAACUCGUAGACCAUUGGUGCUACAACUGGUGUAUACUCCAAAAGAUGAUAGAGAGUACAGAAAUGCCGAAGAUGGAACUCUUGAUGCAGACGAAUGGGGAGUUUUUCUCCAUCAAAAAGGGAGAAUCUAUAAGGAUUUUGACGAAAUUCGUAAAGAAAUUGAAAUUGAAACUGAUCGGAUGGCUGGUGCUAACAAAGGCAUUUGCCCUGAACCGAUUAAUUUGAAAAUUUUUUCAAAAUCAGUUGUUAAUUUGACAUUAAUUGACUUGCCUGGAAUUACCAAAGUUCCUGUAGGAGAUCAACCUGAAGAUAUUGAAGGUCAAAUCAGACAGUUGUUAUUGAAAUACAUAUGCAAUCCAAAUUCGAUUAUUCUAGCUGUCACAACAGCUAACACUGAUAUGGCUACAAGUGAAAGUUUAAAAUUAAGUAAAGAUGUUGAUCCAGAUGGCAGACGAACAUUGGCUGUAGUAACCAAAUUAGAUCUUAUGGAUGCUGGUACUGAUGCCAUUGAUAUUUUGUGUGGCAGAGUUAUUCCUGUUAAAUUAGGAAUCAUUGGUGUAGUAAAUCGAUCUCAGCAAGAUAUCAUGAAUAAAAAAACUAUUCAAGAUGCUUUAAAAGAUGAAGCUGCAUUUUUACAGCGCAAAUAUCCUACAUUAGCUAACAGAAACGGAACACCUUAUUUGGCAAAAACAUUGAAUCGUUUGUUAAUGCAUCAUAUUAGGGACUGCUUACCAGAAUUGAAGACCAGAGUCAAUGUUAUGGUUUCUCAAUUUCAAACAUUACUCAAUUCUUAUGGUGAAGAUGUAGGAGAUAAAAGUCAAACAUUACUUCAAAUAAUUACUAAAUUUGCAAGCAGUUAUUGUUCAACUAUAGAAGGAACAGCAAGGAAUAUAGAGACAACAGAGCUGUGUGGAGGUGCUAGAAUUUGUUAUAUAUUUCAUGAAACUUUUGGCAAAACAUUGGACUCCAUUCAUCCAUUGGCUGGAUUAACUAAAAUGGAUAUUUUAACUGCCAUUCGUAAUGCUACUGGCCCUAGGCCUGCUUUGUUUGUGCCCGAAGUUUCUUUUGAGUUGCUGGUUAAAAGGCAAAUACGAAGGCUAGAAGAGCCUUCAUUACGUUGCGUUGAAUUGGUCCACGAAGAAAUGCAACGGAUAAUUCAACAUUGUGGUACUGAAGUUCAACAAGAAAUGCUACGGUUCCCAAAGCUUCACGAAAGAAUCGUCGAUGUUGUCACUCAACUUUUACGCCGACGUUUGCCUACAACUAAUCAAAUGGUUGAAAAUAUUGUUGCUAUUGAAUUGGCUUAUAUCAACACCAAACAUCCGGAUUUCCACAAAGACGCCGCUCUUGUCUCAUCUUUAUUAAAAAAUGCAGAAUUGAACCAACCGAAAAGUAGAAGAAAUCUUCCUACUUCCACUCAAGCAGUAAGCAAUGCUGUAGCUCCAAUAGAAAACAGAUCUUACAAUCGAGAUGACUACAAUGCAUUUUCGGAGCAGAAUAACAAAGACAAUAAUCAACAAAAUCACUGGCUGCUCAGUAAUUUGCUACCACAGGGCAAAACAGAGUCAGUUAAUUCUACGGAUGGAUCACCAACGAAAAAUCGUGAUGGCGCCAUUUCGCCGGCCUCUAAUCAUAGCCCCGAUUCCAUGGUACUAGCUGUGAGUUCGCCUCAACAAAAACCAGUAAAUUUGUUGCCCGAAGUACCUAUGCAAACAUCGCGUAAGCUCAGCGACAGAGAGCAAAGAGAUUGUGAAGUUAUUGAGAGGCUCAUUAAGUCUUACUUCUACAUUGUUCGUAAGUCUAUUCAAGAUAGCGUACCCAAAGCUGUCAUGCAUUUCUUAGUAAAUUUUGUGAAAGACAAUCUUCAGAGCGAGCUUGUCACGCAUUUAUACAAAUCCGACCAAGCGGAAUCUUUACUAAAUGAAAGUGAACACAUUGCGGUUCGACGCCGAGAAGCUGCUGAUAUGCUCAAAGCGCUCACUCAAGCGGGUCAUAUCAUCAGCGAGAUUCGCGAAACGCAUAUGUGGUAACAUGCACCAAAAAGCAACGUUUUCACCGUUUGAUUUAUAUAGAAUAGUUUUCAACUUAGCGUAUUAACAGUGUGAAAACAUGAAUUUUUUUAACUGUUAAGUCGUUUCUGUGUUACGAACACUUCUCGCAUCUAUGUAUAUUGGUUAUUUGUAAAUACGUAACAUAUUUUUACUUUCCACGCGAGCAAAAAAAAAAAUUGUGCCAGUCUGAUUUACAAUCAAUUUUUAUUAUACAUUUGUGGCGAAAAGUAUAUUCGCAAAAAAAAUGUUUGAUUUCUAUGCAAAAAAUUUGUUAAAUUAUGCUAUUCACACUGUCGAAAAAUAUGAUGUUGUAUAUCGAAAGAUAUUGUAAAACCAUGAUAAUUGCCAUACUCACAAACGUAUGUGACAUACGUACUAAUUGAAUAAAACUACGAUAUUAUGAUACUUAAA